AGACUACCACUGAUUCAUUUAAUUUCGUUGUGAAUAGAUGUUUUGUGUGUGUGUACAAUUAAUUAAAUAAUUUUGUUAUUGUGUUGUUAAGUUCUGUUUUUAUUAUUUUGUUGUAUUCAAAAGUAUUAAUCAAAAAAUGCCGUCCCCUCGAGGAUCUCGUACACCAAGAAGAGAAGGCGGUCAAACUCCAAGAAGAGAAGGCGGUCAAACGCCGAGGGCCGAAGAAGCUCGCACACCCAGAAGAUCGGGGCGUCGGGCCGAUGGUUCUAGAACACCAGCAAGAGAUGAAGUUGCCGAAACGCCUAGUAGAACACCCGGCAGGUCAGGACGACGAGCCGAAGGUUUCCAAACACCAGCCAGAGAUGAAGUGCCUGAGACUCCUAGCAGGACGCCCAGAAGGAGCCAGAGAACACCUGCCAAAGCUACGCCAGCCAAAAGUGUUGUUUCUGAUACUGUCUCCACUCCAAUGAAAUGGGGAGGCAAGAAAUCUGAUGUUGCUGGAUACAAUGAGAUUCCCUCUUCACCGGCACAAAGUUUGGCUCCAACAAGUCCAGGAACAGGUUUGGCUAUGAGUGAAAUAGACUUGAGUUCACCCUUAAAUUAUGGAACACCCAGUUCAUUGGGAUCUAUUAGGACUCCAAGGUCUGGUAUUAGAGGCACACCAAUUCGCAUGAGACCUGAUGUCAGGUCAGAUAAACGUAUCAGACAAGUUAAUGUUGGAGGAGACAAUGCUUUGGAACCCAUACCAGAAAGCCAAGAUACAGAUUCUACAGCUCCACACUUGGUUAUUUGGGGCACAAAUGUAUCAGUAGCUGAGUGCAAGGAAAAAUUCAAACAGUUUAUUUUGCGUUUUAUCGACACCAAUGCUGCUGAAGAUGAAAGAGGUGAAGACAUUAAUGUCCAUGAACCCCUAUACUUGCAAAAACUUGAAGAAAUACACACUUUAGAGGAGCCUUUCUUGAAUGUCAACUGCUCCCAUUUGGAGACCUAUGAUUCCACUUUGUACAAACAACUUGUAUGCUACCCUCAAGAAGUAAUUCCGACUUUUGAUAUGACUGUUAAUGAGAUGUUCUAUGAGAGGUAUCCCGCUGCCGUACUUGAACAUCAAAUUCAAGUUCGUCCCUACAACGCAGAAAAGACCAAAAAUAUGAGAGGUCUUAAUCCAGAAGACAUUGACCAACUAAUCACAAUCAGCGGUAUGGUAAUCCGUUCUUCAAACAUAAUGCCCGAAAUGCGCGAGGCAUUCUUCAAAUGCAUCGUGUGCCAGUUCACAACUAGCGUGGAGAUUGACCGCGGCCGUAUCACUGAGCCAACCUUGUGUACCAGUUGUAACACGAACCAUUGCUUCACCCUCGUCCACAACCGAUCGCAGUUCACAGAUAAGCAGCUGAUCAAGUUGCAGGAGUCGCCGGACGACAUGCCUGCUGGUCAGACGCCGCACACAGUUGUCCUUUUCGCACACAACGACCUCGUUGACGCGGUUCAACCUGGUGACAGGGUAACCGUUACUGGAAUUUACAGGGCUCAACCUCUGCAAGUGAAUCCGAGAAUGCGCAACAUCCGAUCGGUGUACAAGACUCACAUUGACGUCUUGCACUUCCGGAAGGUCGACAUCAAACGUCUAUACGAAGAAGAGGACGGCAAAGACCAUCAGUUCCCACCGGAAAGAGUCGAGUUGCUGAGAAUUUUGUCGCAGAAACCUGAUAUUUAUGAUAGAUUGGCGAGGGCGAUUGCUCCGUCUAUAUAUGAGAACGAUGAUGUUAAAAAGGGCAUCCUCUUGCAACUUUUUGGAGGUACCAAAAAGACGCACGUCACAUCUGGAAGGAGUCACUUCAGAGCAGAAAUUAAUAUUUUGUUGUGCGGAGAUCCCGGUACAUCUAAGUCGCAGUUAUUGCAAUAUGUGUAUAAUUUGGUUCCAAGAAGUCAAUAUACCUCUGGCAAAGGUUCAUCUGCAGUAGGUUUAACUGCAUACGUAACAAAGGAUACCGAAACUAGACAAAUUGUUUUGCAAACUGGUGCUUUGGUACUCGCGGAUAACGGUAUUUGUUGCAUUGAUGAGUUCGAUAAGAUGAACGACUCCACUAGAAGCGUACUCCAUGAAGUAAUGGAACAACAGACUCUUAGUAUCGCAAAAGCCGGAAUCAUUUGCCAGUUGAAUGCGAGAACUUCCAUUUUAGCAGCCGCCAAUCCUUCAGAAUCUCAAUGGAACAAAAAUAAGACAAUUAUUGAAAACGUUCAAUUGCCGCAUACUUUGCUCUCUAGAUUUGAUUUGAUUUUCUUAAUUCUCGAUCCACAAAAUGAAAUAUUCGAUAGAAGACUGGCCAGACAUUUAGUAUCUUUGUACUACAAGACACAAGAACAAGAAGAAGAUGAAAUAUUGGACAUGUCGAUUCUGAGAGAUUACAUUGCAUAUGCUAAAGAGCACAUCUUCCCGAAACUGAGCGAGGAAGCGUCGCAACGACUAAUUCAAGCUUAUGUAGAUAUGAGAAAAGUGGGGUCUGGCAGAGGACAAAUUUCUGCUUAUCCUCGACAAUUGGAGUCACUUAUUCGACUGGCGGAAGCUCAUGCUAAAGUUAGAUUCUCCGAAACUGUCGAAGUUGAAGACGUUGAUGAAGCCUAUAGAUUGCAUCGUGAAGCUUUGAAGCAGUCGGCCACUGAUCCUUUAUCCGGAAAAAUCGAUGUGGGUAUUCUUACAACGGGAAUGAGCAGCGCAGCGCGUAAACGCAGAAUUGAAUUAGCUCAAGCCGUCAAGAAACUCAUUGACGACAAAGGCAAAGUACAAAUGAUCAAUCAGCUUAAACUGUUACAAGAACUCAAAGAAGCUUCAAACAUGAUGAUUACAAAAGAACAGUAUGAAGAUGCCCUGAAAGACUUGCAAGAUGAUGGUCUGAUUGUAGUUAUGGGUAAAACUAACAUUCGUGUUUGUACCUACAGGGAUUAAUAAACUGUGUUAAACUUUUAAUUAUUUUUUCUAAUGUUUCCCGUAAUUUUAAGAAUUAAAGAAAAAUAAACAUGUGAAACGUGCGCCUUAGAGUGUAUAACAGGAAUGAUAUAAAUAAAACAAUAAACUAUA